CUAGCAUCCAGAGACUUUUCCGCACUAUUUUUUUUAUAUAUAACAGCUUACUUGAGUAAUUGAGUAAAUUUUUAAGCUACAUGAUGAUUCUUGAAUUAACCAAAAACACUUUACAACUAAAAUUUUUUAUUUUAGAACAUCACAAAAUCAUUUUUAAACACCCUACUUUACAACGCAACAUCAAAUUCAAUCGAGCACUUCUACAACCAUAACUUGUACGGAAAAAACCACCAAAACUCGUUUGAUUUUCCCCCAAAUUUGAUAUUAACCACCUCAUCGUUUGCGAAAACUUCAAUUCUUCAAGUUGAAAAUUUAAACGGAACUUGGACAAAUUUGAAAUCAUCGUUAUCGAAGACGAUGUUACACGGACUUUUGGCAUACCCUUUAAUUUCGAUUCCUAUUUGUGGGUCGACGAAACAUUUCGAUUUGGACUCUCAAAUUGAAUUGUGUACCCGGUGGUACAUGAUGGGGGCUUUUAUGCCGAUUUUAAAGAUUAAUUCCGAAGCUCCUUAUCGAGAUCCCACUUCUUUCGACACCGAUCAUCAUCGAAAUUUGGUUUUAAACGCUUUUAAGUUCCGGGAGAAAUUCUUUUUAUAUUUAUACACGAUUUUAAUUAAAGAAGAACCAAUAAUUCGUCCGAUGUUUUAUGAAUUUUACUCCGAUUUGAGUACCUUUCAUUUGGACGAGCAAUACAUGGUGGGCGAAAAUUUGUUAUUAGCCCAACCGUUUUCGCCGGAAUCUUCAUUAAUGAGGGUUUAUUUACCUCAAAAUGAAACUUUUUAUGAGUAUUUUGGUGGGAUGGAGUAUUCUGGGGAUCGUUUAGGAUGGGUUAAUUUGACUUACCGUCCAACUGAUUGGUUCGUUUUUGUUCGAGGAGGAUCCAUUUUGAUUUUGUUGGAUGAAAAGGUUGAAAAUGAGGUUAAAGUGGAAUAUUUUCAAGUUGUUGUUGCACUUAAAACUGGCGAAGGCGAUGAAUCCAAGAAAGAAGCGUUUGGUUCGGUUAUCUUAGAUGGAAUUGAGUUAAGUGUUAAAUCAACUGAGAGUGAGGUUACGAUUUCGAAGGAUGGAUCGCAAGAUUGUUGCAUAAAUGGGUUAGAUUAUCCAAAGAUUAUCGAUUCUUUUAUAUUUUAUGGAUUGAACGAGUCCAAAGUGGAGUUUAAUUCGGUUAAUUUUGAUUUUUGCGGGGAUAAUUGUGUUUAUACUUUAACCUAAUCAAUAAUUUUGUUUAAAUUUUAGGUUAUGUAGUUCUAUUUUGAUUUUUUGUUAUUAGGUGUAAGAAA